AUGGCGGAUAUUAGAAAGCAAGAGAAUGUUUGCAACAAGAAACCCAGAAAGAAAGGAAAGAUAAUCGAACAAAAUAACAACAAUCCGAUGAGAACUAUUCGGAUCAUAUGUCACGAUCCUUACAUGACUGAUUCUUCCGAUGAUGAAGAAGAGCCUAACAAAAAACUCUACGGGUCUAAAGCUAUUGUUCGGGAAAUCAAGAUUCCGGUGACUGCGACUGCGACUGCGACUGCUGGUGGUGAAAUGAAAUCUCCGGUGACUGAAGGAUCUUGUCAUGGUAGCAACAACAACAGCAAUGGUGAAGGAGCUUCGUUAAAAGGGAAAAGGGUUUUGACCAAAACCCCAAGUCAACCCCAGAUCACCUCCGGUUUGAAAUACAGAGGUGUCCGGCAACGGAAAUGGGGGAAGUGGGCGGCGGAGAUCCGGGAUCCGUUCAAGGGCCGGCGAGUCUGGCUUGGUACUUACAACACCGCAGAGGAAGCUUCAAAAGCUUAUGAAAUCAAAAAGCUCGAGUUUGAAACAAUGGCAGAAGCUUUAAAGAUCCAAAAUCAAAACAACAACGAAAAAAACAAGAAACCAUUGAUUGUCAUCCCUUCCGAUCAUCAAAAACAGUCGGUUUCCGAAGAUUCCGGUGGUGCUACACCACAUGCAUCACCUUCUUCUGUUCUUGAAGUGGAAUCUUCCUCUCCUUCCAAAACCAUUAAAAACAAUGUUAAAGAGAUUGAAACGUUAGCCACCACUACAACCACCAUUGAUGAAGAUCAUUUCAAUGUGAAGCCAUUGGAGAUGGAGUUGUUCACUGAACCCUUUGAUGAAGCAAUGUUAUUGGCUGACAUCGGAAAAGAUUUGGAUAUCGAGGCACAUUUUCUUGGAGAAAUCCUUACACCAAUUGAUUGUUUUGAAGAUAUUCCUAUUUAUGGGUAUGAUGAUAAAGAUUCUACAACUUUACCUUGUGAUUAUUUUGAUGACUUGAACAUUGAAGAACAUUGGAUGAACACAUACAACAUCGACGAGCCGUUGACCGGAUUGUAG